AUGUCUGGAACUGUACCAGUCUUCCCUUUCUGUGAAAAAUACCAAGAAACUCCAGCACAUGUUCUUAGAGAUUGCACAAGAGCAGUUUGGUUCUCUAUUGCUGGUUUCUCUUCAUCUCACUUUACAUCCUUCUCGGAUUGGAUAAAAAACUGGUUUGAUGAUAUACAUGAAAGAAAGAUAUCGACAGAUGAAAACUGCAAAAGGACUAUCAUUGCGUGGUGCUUAUGGAAAGAUAGAUGUGACAAAGUCUUUCAUAAUGUUAAUCGUAACCCUGAAAGAACUAUUUUAAAAUAUCACAUCUUUAUCAAUGAUUACUUAGUUCAAAGAAGAAUGACUCAUAACACUGCCACUGGAGUCUGUCGUAGAAAUGUGCAUUGGUCCCCACCUCCCAUGGAUGUUGUUUCUAUUAAUGUAGAUGGUUCUUUUUUAAACUCUAACAAUACUGGAGGGAUUGGUCUAAUAAUACGAAAUUUUGCAGGUGCUCAGCAAGCUGCAAGAUGCAUCUUUCUGAUGGGAAUACGAAAUGCAGAGCAAGCAGAAUGUACGGGGUUGUGGGAAGCGGUAAAUUGGGCUAAAAACUUAAAGCUAGAGCGUGUGCAUUUUGAACUGGAUGCAAAGAUAGUGGUGGAAGCCGUAAACAACAAUGCUUCAAUUGAUUGGCAAUUACUCAAUAUGAUAAAAGACAUUCAAGUUCUGUUUUGUAGUUUUAACUCUUAA